AUGGAAUCAAAGAUAUUAAAGCAGAAAGGAGGCUCAUGUUGUGCUAUUGCUACUUGCAUAAAUAACUACAGUAAAUCAAAAAGUGAUGGAAAAUCCAACAUAUCAUUUCACAGAUUUCCAAAAGAUCUAAACUAUCGGAAAGAAUGGGUUCAGAAAUGCAAAAGAGGUGACCAUUUUAAUCCAGAUACAUCAUUUAUUUGCUCUGAUCACUUUAAUGUUGAUGCAUUUGUUCGAGACUUAAAAUCAGAACUUUUAGGAUAUAAAUCUAAGAGUCGAAGACUUAAAGAGGAUGCAAUUCCUACGUUGAAUUUACCAACUGACUUAGUAUCGAAUAUAGUUUAA